AGACGAGCAGCCGUCGGUUGUGGUAUGUGCACAUUGUGACUCCAGAGGAGGAUCUAGAACCUGCAUCUGGACCCCACUCUUAAAUAUGAGUACAAAUAGCAUUUUUAUACGUUACGUAGGAAUAGUAAUAUAUUUAUUGUUUUCCCCUUGGUCCAAACUAUUGGCUCAAAUACCUAAUCCAAGCUCAGCAAAUCUCCGUUUUCACCUAAUUCAAUCAAUCGCCUCACAUCUUCUAGGGCUUGGAUUUGAAGGUAUACGAGCUAACCUAUGGCGUCGAAGCGUAUAUUGAAGGAGCUCAAGGAUUUGCAGAAGGAUCCUCCGACAUCAUGCAGCGCUGGUCCAGUUGCUGAGGAUAUGUUCCACUGGCAAGCAACGAUCAUGGGGCCUACGGAUAGCCCUUAUGCAGGAGGUGUAUUUUUGGUUUCAAUUCAUUUCCCUCCUGAUUAUCCUUUCAAGCCUCCAAAGGUUGCAUUUAGAACUAAGGUUUUCCACCCCAACAUCAAUAGCAAUGGAAGUAUAUGUUUGGAUAUUCUUAAAGAACAGUGGAGUCCAGCUUUGACCAUAUCUAAGGUCCUGUUGUCCAUCUGUUCUCUGUUGACAGAUCCAAAUCCAGACGAUCCACUUGUACCAGAAAUUGCUCAUAUGUACAAGACUGACAGGGCCAAGUACGAGGCCACUGCUCGUAGCUGGACACAGAAAUAUGCUAUGGGAUGAUGCGGAAAGUGUCCUCGGACGUGUCUGAGACACUUUUCAUUGCAACAAUUUCAUUUUGCUUUCACCCUUAAGUGCAAUGUCUUUGUGCUUGGAUGAAAGUAAAAUGUUGGUAAGGAAUUCAGUUUACUUCUCUUCUCCAUUCAUGUUGGGUUGCCAAGAAGACCGAGAUCUUUCAAUAUGUGAAUAUAUCUAUUUGAUGACCAACCUUGUAUGGUGCUUUUGAGUGGCAAAAAUUCAGUGAGCAAACCCCAAGUCUCCUCUGUAUGAGCCUAUGAGAUCAUAUUUCAGUGUUCUGUGAUGUUGUAAGUUGUUGCUAUGCAGAUUUUUUGAAAAUCUGUGUAGGUAUAUGUUUCCCUGCUAAAGUGGGAGGUCAGUGUUAUCGAUCUCCGUAUUUGGUCUCAAAAUUUUUGUCUCUUUUCUUGCAUGUGUAUUGUGCCGAAGUAUCAGACUUUUCAAGGCUUUUUUCUCGGUUCAUGUUGAUUUACGACAGCUGCAAGAAGGGGUCUAAGCGCCGAUGUUUCAGCAAGCUAAUUAAUGUGUAUGGUUUAACAGAUGAUUCUCUUAUUGGUGACUCUUUCUAAUGUUUUGAAGCCAAAUG